AACUUUAAUUUUUUUAAUAACAAAACUGUCAAAAAAAACCCUAACCUCACAAUCACCACCACCAUGUUUUGCGUGAAAUUAAGUUGUGAAGUGUGGUUAGUGAUUCUGGGGGCCCUUGUGGCCGUGUUACUGCGCGCGUGCACUACUCUCCACCCGUAUUCGGGCGCCGGCAGCCCCCCAAUGUACGGCGAUUACGAAGCGCAGCGCCAUUGGAUGGAAAUCACCACGAACUUGCGCCCCCUUGAGUGGUACAAGAACACCACAGACAACGACCUCAUGUACUGGGGCCUCGACUACCCCCCUCUCACAGCCUACCACAUGUACUUAACCGGAAAAAUCGGCAGUUUUUUGAACGAAAACUGGACGAAAUUGCACGAGUCCAGAGGCUUUGAGGGGGAAUCCCACAAGAUUUUCAUGCGCUAUACCGUGCUAGCGGCCGACAUAGUCAUGUACAUCCCCGCCCUGAUUUUCUAUUUCCACGCCAUGGGGGGGCAAAGCCCCGACCCCAAAACCAGGCCUUUGUCGCCGUCCCUCGCCACCAUUCUGGGGCUCCUCUACCCCGGAAUCAUCCUCAUCGAUCACGGACACUUCCAGUAUAAUUGCAUCUCUCUCGGACUCCUUGUUCUGGCAACUAGCUGUCUCCUUCUGGACAUGAACUUGACCGCUGCUAUCUUCUUCACUAGUGCACUCAACUACAAACAGAUGGAGCUCUACCACGCGUUGCCGUUUUUCAUGUACAUGUUGAGCUCUUGUGUCCCAAAGCCGGGCCAAAGCCUCACUUCCAGUCUGAUCAAGUUGGCACAGAUCGCCAUCACUGUCAUGGCGGUGUUCGCCAUCUUGUGGGCGCCAUUUAAUCGCGACUUUUUCGCCGUCUUGCGCCGUUUAUUUCCGCUGGAUCGCGGCGUUUUCGAGGACAAAGUCUCGAAUUUUUGGUGCGUUUUUAACAUUUUCUACAAAUUGAAGCUAAAGUUUGGUAAUUACGAAAUGAUGCGUAUUUGUUUGUUUGCCACCGUCUCCAUGGUGUUUCCGUCAAGUGUCGACUUGUUUUUGCGUCCGAGUCGCAAAAAGUUUGUUUUGUCGUUGAUUAAUUCCUCACUGGCGUUUUUCUUGUUCAGUUAUCAAGUGCACGAGAAGAGUAUUUUACUAGUUGGCGUUCCUGUGGUGCUGUAUUUCCCCCAAAAACCGUUCGUUUGUUUCUGGUUUUUGUGCAUUUCCGUCUUUAGCAUGUUGCCGUUGUUGUACAAAGACGGUCUGAUUAUUGCAACAAUUGCGCUAAUGCUUUUUUACGUCAUUUCCUUCCGUGUUUCAAUUGAACACUUCUAUAGGAGUUCCCUAAAUGCGUCCGACGGUUUGGCCGAAUAUUACCGAAGUCUUUUGCACGUCUUGCUCGAUAUUGAGUACAAACAAGCAACACAGAUCGAUAUUUUGAAACUGACGUACAAACAAAUUGUAAAAAAUAAAGAAACUCUGAAAAAUUUGGCGUUUCAUGUUGUGUUAGUGACGUCGUUGAUUGGUUGUUUGGUGCUUUCGUUUGCACUGUUAGUUUUUGAACCGCCUGAGCGUUAUCCCGAUUUGUUCCCACUUUUGAUUUCGGCUUAUUCGGCUUUACAUUUUUUCGGAUUUUUUCUGUAUUUCAAUGUUAAACAACUACAAAUACCGCAAGAGUUUGAUGCGAUUAAAAAUGUUAAAAUCAAGUCGUCUUGAAUGUAAAUAAACGAUUGAUUUGUCGAAAA